AUGGUGAAGGAUCGAGCACAGUCGGCCUCAAUGGCAGCAGCGCCCGACUCACUCCUGAGGCGGGUGGUGGGAUUCGAUCAGCAGAUAUCUCGCGCGCUGUAUUACAGGACCUGGGCUAGCGAGGGGGCCCAGCCCAUCAUUCGUUACAGCACCAAGUUUUUGGAGUACAGCGGACAUGGAGUCCCUUGGUUCAUUCUGGUGGCUUUCUUGCUGUCGAUUGAAAUAUUUCCUGAGCUGCCCAGCUGGGUGCCAGCCAAUCUCUUUGUCGCGCUGAUUGGCGACCUACUGGCCGCGGCCACCAUCAAAGCCAUCGUGCGUCGAAGCCGGCCCAACUACAACGAGUCUGGUCGACAUCACGUACUGGAUGUUUUAGCAGGAGCCAUCAUCGGCUUUGCCGUGGCUCAGGUCAUUGCUGCCUUCUUUUGGGGGCAGGCGCUGCGAGCGGUGCCUGCCAGGAAAAGAGAGGACGCCAAGACCCUUCGAGCGACGAGGCGGCACCAGGCCACCAGGGUCGGUCCCUUGGCGGCCUACUAUCAGCGCGUUGAGGAGCAGCAUCUUCGAUUAGACCACGCACAGGUGGUGGCGGGCCAACACCUUCAGCGUCUACAUGACGAGCUUAGCCGGUACACUCCUCCGCUGUUGGGCGAUUAUGAUGCUCAUGUGCGCCUGGAGUGUAAGCGGGCGCGCCAACGCCAGCAACGUCAGCUGCUCGAGGACCACGAGCGACAGAUGGAUGAGCUAUAUGGGUUUGCCGGGGCUGAAAAGGCACGGCAUAUGUCCUCGGAAGCCGCAAUGCUGCCCAGUCUUAAGGAACCACCACAGGGAGUCUAUUUAUGGGGGCCAGUGGGCUGUGGCAAGUCCAUGUUGAUGGACCUUUUCUUCGCCGGUGCCCCUGUUCAAGAUGACCGGAAGCUGCGCAUCCACUUUCACAGCUUUAUGCGUGAUGUGUUGGCGCAUUUACACCGACUGAGCCUCAACUGCACAUCUACCCAGCGUGCCACCUACAACGACAAUCUCAUCCAGCUCAUUGCCAAGGGCAUUGCACAACAGGCCUACGUGCUGUGCUUCGAUGAGAUGCAGGUGCCAGACGUGGCCACGGCAGGUAUACUCUAUCGACUUUUUCAGCACCUUCAGGACUAUGGCGUGGUUGUGGUGGCCACCAGUAACCGUCCACCGGCCGAGCUGUACAACGGGCACUUUCGCGAGGCCUUGUUUGAACCCUUUGUACGCAUUCUCGAGGAGCGCACCGAGGUCCUAAAGGUAGAGGGCGAGGCGGACUAUCGUGUUCUUAUGAGGGGUGGUGCAAGUGCGGUCGAAGGCACCCGUGCUGCUUUUUUGGAUCCGUAUUGCUUUGGCCAACAUGCCCGGCGUGAUUUGUGGGAAACCUGGGAGCUGGCAACGGAAGGCCAGGCUCAUGCGCAUGACUCGGGGAUGCAGCAAAUUUCGGUUGCAACAGUACCAGUACUGGGGCGCGACGUGGUGAUUCCGCGCGCCAGCGAUGACAGGCAGGCAUACUUUACCUUUCAGGAGCUCUGUGCUGCUCCACUUGGGCCCGCCGAUUACCUGGCUAUUGCUCGACAGUUUCAAGCCGUCUUCUUGGAGGGCGUGCCCAGACUCUCCAUGUCGACGCGCAAUGAAGCUCGGCGUCUCAUAUCACUGGUUGAUGCGCUGUACGAGUGUAAAACAAAACUCUAUGCCAGUUUUGACAUUGCCCUGGAGCGCCUCUUUGUCGACGUCGAAGACCCCGAGGGUGAUCGUUUCGAGAUUAUGCAUGGUGAAAUGAUGGCACAAAUUUUCUAUGAUUUGGGCAUGGAUGAAACGCGGCGGCACGAUGCGAGUCCGUUUCAGAGCAACCUAUUUAGUGGUGAAGAGGAGAUUUUUGCUUCGAAAAGGUGCAUAUCGCGACUGCAGGAAAUGCAAAGCCCCAUGUAUGGGACGAGUGAUCACCAAGCAAAACUGGGAUUUGUGGAGCUGGAUCCAGGUGCUUUGGACUACGGGCUCGAGGUUGCAGCGAGCGCACCAAGCGCCGAUGCUGUAACCCAACCGCGAGCAGAUCGCCGUAACAAGCCAAAGUUUGGGGCCAAACAUUUUUGGGGUGCUGGCUGGUGGGAGUCGAUCCUUGAGCGGCGCACGCAGAAAAAAGACAGCUAG